AUGCCAUGGACUUGGGAUUCGCCAUCCCCUGCAGAAAGCAUGGAACACAUGGAUGACAAGAUCCUGCAGAAAAUCAACGAGUCGUAUGUCCAAUCCUUGAUGAAGAUGAUGUCCUCCAAAGUCUUGAAGGAGCUACGGGCAGAGAACGAGACGAUACAACAACACCUGGGAGCGCUCACCUCAGAUGUCCACCUUUUGGCUUCUCAACUUGCAUCGCGAAAGGAGGACAAGUCCUGGCACCAUGAAGCAAAGUUGGAAGCCCUCAGAGAGGAGUUGCACCUCGGAGCUGCACGUGAGAAAGAGCUGGUUGCGGAGUUGGGUCAGCUGAAGCGACUAGUGGAAGGCCGUCACGAGGAUCUCCUUGCUCAUCAUCGGCACUUGGAUAAGGACCUGCGAACAGCGCUGCGGGAACUGCGAAGCGACGCAUCGGAGGUGCAGCGGGAUUCCUUGAACUCCUUGCAGGAUGUGCGAAGCUCGCUGCGCGACCUGCGGAGCGACCUGGAGGAACAGCGGGAAGCCUUGAAAUCGCUCCAGGAGACUGACUUCCUGAAGCAAUUGGGUGAUGCGCGACAAGCGCUCGCAGAUCUGCAAGAGGAGCGGCAGUGGCAUGAAGAUGCCAUGAAACAGCUCAGAGACAGUCAUCAGGAUCAACAGAUGCGCCGGCAAGCCGACUCUGCAGACUUGGACCAGCGUGUGGAGGGCUUCCGACAGAUGUUGGAGUCCACCUUGCCCAACGACGAGCUGGAAAAACGCCAUCAGGUCUUGACGCAGCACAUGGAGCAGCUCAUGGCACAGCUUGAGAAGAACAGACGUAAGGACAAGGAAGAGCUUAAGGAGAAGUUCGACCAACUUCAACAACAUAGCGAAGGCCGGAUGGAAGAAUGUCUCGACAGAGCUCGUCUACUUGAUCAGGACAUAUUGGACAAACUCAAUCCGGAGUUGCUGAACAUUAAGGACCACGAGCAGCGGCUAAGCGAAAGUGUCAACCAGUUGAUGGAUCGCAUCCCGGGGUUGGCCAUUGGAGAGAUGCAGGUGCAGGAGGAGUGCCAAAUUUUUCGUUCAGACAUUGGAAAGCUGAGUGAGGAAAUCUUGCGCAUUGAUGAAUCGCUCCGGCACAUCAUGCCGUGGGUUGAUUGGCUGCGCGACAACCAGCCGGCGAUGGAUAGUUUGCAAACUUACGUUGAGGAGAGACUAGCAGCUUUGCUGCCAACUCAUCAUGUCGAGGAGUUUCAAAUCUUGGCAACUCGCCUGGGCCGCUGGGAGGAACAGCAAAGAUGUGCCAACGAGUUGCACAACUCGUGGGGGAAGCUGGCCGAGGACUUCAAGGCUCAGAGCCGUCGGCUCUUAGGUUUCGAAGUUCAACAGCGAAAAUAUCUACAGCAAUGUGAGGACUUUAGGGCUUGGCGUCAGGAACUUGAUGCUGUGCGAGUUCGCUUGAAGCGGAUUGAAGUGAACCAAGUUCAAGAGCAAAAGAAUCAGAAGGUUUGGCAGGAGAACUUCUCAAAAUGCCGGAAGGCCUGUGAGGAUAUCUAUGCCAAGUGUCAUCAGGAGAUGGAGCGUCGAAGCCAGCAAAGCAGUGAAGAGCAUCGAUACAUGAAGGACUGCGAAGAUCAAUAUAGCAAGUGGCGCGAAAGUGCAGUUGCAUGGCAGCAGCAACAAAUGCGAAGAUUGGGACAAUGA